GUUCACGGUCCGCAACCAUCCCCAUCCUCCUUCAUUCUCUCACUCCUUCUUCUCCAUCCAACACACCCCCGUCCACUCUACAGACUCGCCACCAAUGUAUACUUCACAGCAGAGCACCAGCCUGUUUCUGGGAGGAGAGCGCACCAGCGGACAGAACAUCAGGGAUCAGAAUGUCCUUGCGGCAUCCUCGAUCGCCAACAUCGUCAAGUCAUCUCUGGGACCUGUUGGUCUUGACAAGAUGAUCGUCAACGAAAUUGGAGAUGUUACAAUCACCAACGACGGCGCCACCAUCCUUAACAUGUUGGAGGUCGAGCACCCGGCAGGAAAGAUCCUUGUGGAACUGGCCCAGCAGCAGGACAAGGAAGUCGGUGAUGGAACGACCUCAGUUGUCAUUAUCGCCGCAGAGCUCUUGAAGCGUGCCAACGAGCUCGUCAAGAACAAGAUCCAUCCCACCACCAUCAUCACCGGAUACAGACUCGCCUCAAAGGAAGCCUGCAAGUUCAUUGCGGAUCAGAUGUCGAUCAAGGUUGAGGCACUCGGACGUGAUUGCCUUAUUAACGCAGCUAAGACUAGCAUGUCUAGCAAGAUUAUUGGAUCGUACGAUGAGUUCUUUUCGAACAUGGCUGUUGAUGCCAUGCUCGCUGUCAAGUCGACUAACAGCCGUGGCGAACAUAAAUAUCCCGUCAAGGCUGUCAACAUCUUGAAGGCUCAUGGACGCAGCGCCACCGAGUCGAUGCUCGUCAAGGGAUACGCUCUCAACUGUACGGUCGCCAGUCAGGCUAUGAAAACCAAGAUCACGAACGCCAAGAUCGCAUGCUUGGAUAUCAACCUCCAGAAGGUCCGCAUGAACCUGGGAGUACACAUCAUGGUCGACGACCCAGACAAGCUGGAGGAUAUCCGCAAGAGGGAAAGCGACAUCACUACGGAGCGCAUCAAAAAAAUUCUCGCCACUGGAGCCAACGUGAUUUUGACGACCAAGGGAAUCGACGACAUGUGCUUGAAGCUGUUUGUUGAGGCUGGUGCUAUGGCUGUUCGUCGCUGCAAAAAGGAAGAUCUUCGUCGCAUUGCCAAGGCAACGGGCGCUACCCUGAUCUCGACCUUGGCCAACCUGGAAGGCGAGGAGACCUAUGAUGCCUCAUACCUGGGAAAUGCAGAGGAGGUUGUCCAGGAGAGGAUCUCUGACGAUGAAUGCAUCUUGGUCAAGGGCACCAAGGCUCAGUCUUCGGCGUCGAUCAUUCUCCGCGGAGCCAACGAUUUCAUGCUGGAUGAAAUGGAGCGUUCGUUGCACGAUUCGCUUUGCGUGAUCAAGAGGACCCUUGAGAGUGGAAGUGUUGUUCCUGGAGGCGGUGCUGUAGAGACGGCAUUGAACAUUUACCUUGAGAACUUUGCCACCACCUUGGGUUCUCGUGAGCAAUUGGCGAUUGCCGAGUUUGCCAGUGCUCUGCUUGUGAUUCCCAAGACCCUGGCUGUCAAUGCUGCCAAGGACUCGACCGACCUUGUUGCAACACUUCGUGUCUACCACAACGCAUCGCAGAACGACAAGGCACGCCAGGGCUUGAAAUGGUACGGUCUGGAUCUGAUCAAGGGCGAGGUCCGCGAUAACAUCCACGCCGGUGUUCUUGAGCCGGCCAUGUCAAAGAUCCGUGCACUGCGCUCAGCAACAGAGACGGCGCUGUCGAUCUUGCGUAUCGAUGAUAUGAUCACGGUGGCACCUGAGCAGCGGGAGCAGGACGAUGGUCAUGGUCACUAAAAAAAAAAGAAAAAGAAAAAAAAAGGCGUACAUGUUGAAGAAUAGAUAGACGCAUCAGGAUUGUUAUGUUUUGAAUUGAAACGAGGCUUUCGAUAUUUACAUGGUUGUUACUGUCAUCAUUAUAAAGAGCAAAAA